AUGCUAAAAGAACUACACGACACACAUCUAGGAAUAAUAAAAACAAAAAGUAACGCACGAAGUAGGAUGUGGUGGCCGGGUAUCGACCGCGACAUUGAACGUUGGAUCGGGUCCUGCAAAACAUGCGUGAGCUUACGCUGCGCCCCGCCGCGCGAUCCGCCGGCGCCGUGGCCCGCCGCCGCCGGCGCAUGGCAGCGCGUACAUAUCGACUACAUGACCGUGGGGCAAAGGGUAUACCUCGUGGUAGUUGAUUCGUUUAGUAAAUGGCUGGAAUGUAUAUUCAUGAACAGUGGAACGUCGUCACAAUCGCUUAUUAAAAAAUUAAAAAAUAUUUUCUCUACUUUCGGUAUACCUAAUGUUUUAGUUUCUGAUAACGAUGUUAAAAUAAACUCUAAUGAAUUUAAGACCUUCUGCUCUAACAAUGGUAUUAAGUACUUAACUUCCCCCAUAUAUCAUCCACCAAGUAAUGGACAAGCGGAGAAUUCGGUUAGGACUUGUAAAAAAAUGCUAAAAUGUAUUUUAAAAGAUAACCUACCACAGCACCAAAUUAAUGAAGUAUUAUGGGGAUAUUUAUUUAACUACAGGAACACGGUACACUGUACAACCGGCGAAACGCCGGCUAAAUUAAUGUUUGGUAGAAAUCUACGAUCUCGUCUCGACCUAAUUAUACCCAUAGAAAAAACACAAUUAAAUAUGCCUUUAGUAACCAGUAGGAGAUUUUUUGAAAUAGGUGAUACUGUUUGGGCUCGGUGGUACAGUGCCCGGAAAGAAACUUGGGAGUUAGGUACAAUUAAAGAGAAGGUCGGUAGUAAAAUGUACAAAAUAUUUAUUAUAAAAUUUGAAGCAACAUGCAUUAGACAUAUAGAUCAGCUGUUAAAAUUUACGGGCAACGAUAAUUCAUUAAAAAUUAAUAACACUGAUAAUGUUGAGAGUCGCAAUUUUCAGUCGUUACCCUUGUCACCGUCUAUGCCCGUGAAUGCUCCUUUAUCCGAACCUUCUGUAGGCAAUCCUCGGUCAUCGACCAUAGUAGAGCAACCCGUUAAUACUGACGCAAUAGACGAUGUUAAUGGGGAAGAAUGGGGCGAUUAUUCGGCACAGGACAGCGUGAGAGAUUCAACAGAGAUUCCGGAAGCGUCAGAUUCGCCUGAAGCUUCCGAAAACGGAGUCGAACAGCCUCAGAGCGAUUCUGUCCGCUCCAAUGACGUACCACCAGAGCAGGCACCGACACCCGCUCGUCAACUGCGCCCCCGGAAGGGGAUAGAUUAUAAGAAGUAUUUUAAAUGA